AUAUUUGCAUAUUCACAUGGGAGGUGCAGGUUCAUUACCAAAUAUAUGGGUUUGGGAUUCUGCAAAAUCAAAAUCCAGUUGUGCACUAGAAGACGAAUGAAGAAAUUGCUUCCACUUGAGCUACAGCAGGCCCUCCAAAACUUAGAAGAGAUUAGAGUUUGGAAUUGCAAACAAAUGGAGGAGAUAAUGGUAUCAUUAUAUUCAGAUGCAUCAUCAAAUAAAUUCACUUUUCCCAAGUUAAGAAUAUUGCUGUUGGCUUAUUUACCCCAAUUGAAGAGCAUUUGCGGUGCCAAAAGAGUUGUGGUUUGUGAUUCUAUUGAAGUAAUUGUAGUAUUCGAAUGUCAAGAGUUAAAGAGGAUCCUUGUGCAGCUUCCCCUGCUUGAUAAUAGCCAAGCAUCUCCUCCUCCUCGUCUCAGAGAAAUCAGGAUAGAUGAAGAGUCAAAGAAAUGGUGGGAAUCAAUGGAGUGGGAUCAUCCUAAUUCUAAGAACCUCCUUAACCUUUCUUGAAACAUUCUACAUAUUCGUGGGAUUGAGGUGUUGAAUGAUUUACUACUAUUUAAUUCUAAUUUGAAUUUGAUUUGAUAAUAUGUUACACUAUGUCUGAUGGAUGUACAAGUGUAACAAGCUUUAGAUCAAUGUUAUGUAAGUUUCUGGUUUUUUAUCUAAGGCUUUCUAUACCAUCCAAACUCUUAUGGUUUUUGUGCUCCUAGAGCAAAAUUUCUAUUUGAAGAUAACAUUUUGGAAUCCAACAGGUUAAUCUAAGUUCUAAUUUCUUCCUAAAUUUCUUUUUCUUUUUUGUUUUGUGUUUUUCUAUCAGUUAUGGAAUUCCUGGGAUUGUUCAAGAAUCUAAUGUGCCAACUACUUGUGAAUUGAGAAGCCUUGGCAAAUUGGUUAGAAUCCAGCAUCAAUCCUCUAUGCCGCCAACACACUUGUGGUAUGUUUCACUUGUUGUUUUCUAUUAAGAAAUAUUCCAAAUUCUC